CCUCUCGAUUAUCAAGUUUGGUUUAAUCUGGUUUCCAUCUCCAUCACCUCUAUUGAACUCGGUUUGGGUAAUUGCUGGUUUGAUCUGGUUUUCAUAUCAAUCACCUCGAUUGAACUCGGUUUGGUUCAUUUCUGGUUUACAUCUCCAUCACUGUUGCUCUUCAGAAACGAGCGAUUAACAGCUAAUGUGGAGUGGAUGAAGAUCAACUAUGGCGGCGAAUCUGCUCCAUCUUCACCUAUCUUCUCCUUCUUCUUCCUCACGUCUAGCUGCUUCCGUCAGACGCAGAUACUCUACUCUGAAUUGCGAGAUUGAUCUCUGGAGAAGCUUCUUUAUCCGUAGCUCCGUCGUAUGCCGCGCUUCUCGCGGUGGACGGUUCAGAUUCAAAGAUGAGCUCUUUGACGACGGAGGUUUCACUGGAUUUGAUUUUGGUUACAGAAAGAAGAAGAGACCGUGGUGGUGGCUAGACGAUGAUGAUGAUGACGACGACGAUGAUUUGAUGAGUGACGAUGAAGAUUGGAGUAUGGUCUUUGAGGUGUUCAGGACGUUAAGCUGGAUGCUUGCGCCCAUAGGCAUGUCUUUGCUUCUUGGAACAGACUCAAACGCGGGUUUAAUGGCGUUAGCAGUUCCUCUAGUGCAGUCCGUGAUGUCACUUGUGUUUAGUAAGGUCUUGAGCAGGCCAAGUGUUGUUAGACCUAUAGAAAGAAGCAGAAGAGGAACGUUUUCGAGAACUAGAAAAGCUAGGCAAGCGAAGAACAUGGGUGGUGGUAGUGUGGAUAAGGGAGGAUACAAGUCAUGGAUGGUAGGAGAUGCUGGAGAUAACAGCACAGGUUCUAGGUAUGGUGGUUGGGAUGAUCUAGAGAAAUAUGAGAUUCCUUCAAACGAGAAUGUUCGUCCAGAGCAACAGUUUAAGAGAAGAAAUAGUAGUCGAAGGUGGAGAGUUAAGGAGAAGCCAUUGCUCUUGAGGAUGCUAUUUGCUACUUUCCCCUUUUUGAGUUCAUGGACCAAGUUGUUAUUUUGAGCCCUUUAUAGCUUGAAGAAGUCCUAAAGGUUAGCUUUCAUUCAUCUUGGAACUUAGAAUACAUGUCUUAGUUGUGAUAACAACACAUAUUCUGUAAGUUGUUAAAUAUAUGCCUGUCAGAGAUUUGUGCUUAUAUCAAUAUAAAAGUGUAAUGGUUCUUGUUUAUACAGCCUAAGUAGCAUAUUAAUUUA